AUGCCUGCUCUCAAGAACUUCAAACAUGACCAAGAUGAAGAUGGAGAAUUGCCUUGUCUUAUUACGGGUGAGGAGGAGAAUCUGAAAGAACUUUUGAGUAAUGUUAAGGUUGAUGGAGGAGUUAAUAUGGUUAGCACAGAUAAAGUGUCGAGAGUGAAUUUCCAGCAGGAAAAUGAAGAGCUGGAAUCCAUAAAUGAAUCUUUCAAGAUUCCAGUCACCAUCAUUACCGGCUAUCUGGGAUCAGGCAAGUCUACUCUACUUGAGAUGAUUGCCUUGAAAGGUAGCGACAAAAAGAUUGCAGUCAUUCUUAAUGAAUUUGGAGAGUCUAGCGAAAUUGAGAAAGCAAUGACUAUUCGCAAUGGUUCUGCAGCAUAUGAAGAAUGGUUAGAUCUAGGAAAUGGGUGCUUAUGUUGCUCCUUACAAAAUAUAGGUGUCAAAGCGAUUGAAAACAUGAUAAAAAGAUCACCCGGCAAGAUUGAUUAUAUCUUAUUGGAAACAUCUGGAAUCGCUGAUCCAGCGCCUAUAGCCAAGAUGUUUUGGCAAGAUGAGGGAUUGAACAGCAGUGUAUAUAUCGAUGGCAUCAUUACAGUGUUGGACUCGGAACAUAUAUUAAGAUGUUUAGAGGAUUCUCCGGAUAGCCAAUGGCAUGGUGAAAAUGUAGCAGCAGGUGAUGGCUUAACGAUCGCACAUUUUCAACUUGCAAUGGCAGAUCGCAUACUCAUUAAUAAAUUUGAUAAAAUAGAACAUGAUUCAGGUAGAAUUAAACUGCUGGAAGACAAAGUACGUAGUAUUAACGCAGAGGCACCAAUUUUCUUCACGAAGUAUGGGGAACUUGGAUUAGAUAAUCUCCUAGAUCUCCAUGCAUAUGAUUCCAAAGAUGUACUUUCCCUGCAGCUAAAAACGAAACCAGCAAUUCACGACCAUAGAAUGACCACAGUAACGCUGGACUUUAGACCGCUUACGGACAAAAAUGAAUAUGAAACCUUUAUGAGAAAGUUCAUCCAGCCAUUGCUAUGGAAAUCUUUUGGUGCCUCGCAAGAAAGCUUAUUCAGAAGUGGGAGAAUGCAAGAAGACAAUUGGGAAAUACAAAGAACGAAAGGGCUCAUACUCAUCCACAGUGACGACACCAAACGAUUCGAUGUUAAAAUAUUGCAAGGGGUAAGAGAUACUUAUGAUGUAUUUCCUGGUGAGCUAUCACCUAAAAUGACAUCAUGCAAAUUAGUACUUAUUGGAAAGUAUCUGGGCAAAGAAGACUUAGAAAGUCUACUUAAAGAAAGUAUAAAAUGA